AAUUUUGAAAACGCUUUUUUAUUUAAAGUAAAUAUACGUCAAAUGUUAACAUGUAUAAGAAUAUUGUUUUAUUAAGCUGGAAAUUUGAUAAUCAAGCGAAAACGCAUAGUGUCUUCCGGGGUUGAGGACUACAAACAGUAGCACUGCAAAACUACAUUUCCCAGCAGCAAGCGCGACUGAGUGACGUCGGCGCGGCCGGGAGCGCGCACAGCGGAGCGGCUGAUGCUGAUGCUCAGCUCAGAGGACACGGAGUGAUCCGAGCAUCACCGGGAACCGACUGAAUUAUCGUGCCAAAUCUCUUCUGGCUUCGGUAGGAUGCGUCAGGACGGAUCCAUGCAGAUGGCUGCGGCGCAGAAAGAGGGCUCUGACCAGAACUUCGAUUACAUGUUCAAACUGCUGAUCAUCGGCAACAGCAGUGUAGGAAAGACGUCGUUUCUCUUCCGGUACGCUGACGACUCCUUCACGUCAGCGUUCGUGAGCACGGUGGGCAUCGAUUUCAAAGUCAAAACCGUCUACAAGAACGACAAGAGAAUCAAACUGCAGAUAUGG